AUGUACGCUGAACUUGUUGGUCAAGAUGUAUGGAAAGAAUGUUUACAAGAUGAAGAGUAUGAAAUUCACUGUUCUGAGCCUUUUGAAAUAAGGAAGAAAGAAACCAAGAGAAUUAUACAUGAAUAUAACAGAGGAAUAGGUUAUAUUUGUGUAACAUUAAACCUCAAAAAGUACCAAAAACAUGUUCUCAUAGCUACUCAUUUUAUUUCCAAUCCGAACAAUUUACCGUGUGUGGACCAUAUAAACCAUCAAAGAGACGACAACAGAAUCUCAAACCUUCGUUGGUGUUCUAGAUCUGAAAACAAUAGAAAUAAAAGCAAGUAUGGUGAUAUAGUUUAUGAGUUCGUUGAUGAAAUAUCUGACGAAGCAAUUGAAAUAAACUCUUAUGGAAAGCAUGACUUAGAGUUCUACUACUAUGUUGAGAAUGAGGACGCAUUCUAUUACUAUACAGGAGUUAACUAUAGAAAAAUGCAUGUUUGUUUCCUAAAAUCAGGAAUUGCAUAUGUUACUUUGACGGAUACUGAAGGAAAGAAAGUUCAAGUUCGUUUAAACGUUUUCAAGAGGUUAUAUGAUAUUCAGUUUUGA